AGAGAAGAUCAUUGAUACCGGCUGUUGCUGACUGACUGAGAAGUCGUGUGUUUGCGUUGUAUAAUACUGGUUGGUCGUGCCCCUUCAGCCGUACCGAAGCUCGGAACUGUUAUUCAAGUGUGGCGAACAUCUGGACAGUGCAGUUAGUAGAAAAAAUUGAAGGGCAACGAUGUCGCUUUCAGCUUUCAAGUACCUAUUUCGUCCAGUCCCAAACGUUUGCUCCAAGGGCCUGAAACACACAUGGAAUCCAUUGUGUGUCAUCGGCAGUGUGCAGAAUGGAGACUUACAAGUCCGCAGAACAAGCAGCAAAUCUGGACUACGACCCAAAACUGGCAUCAUGAUGCUAAACUUAGGUGGUCCAGAGAAGCAGGAAGAUGUUCAUGAUUUCCUUCUUCGUCUCUUCCUGGACAAAGAUUUGAUCCCACUUCCAGCCCAGAGUCAGUUAGCACCCCUAAUUGCAAAAAGGAGAACACCACGUAUCCAGGCUCAGUAUGCAAAAAUUGGCGGAGGUUCGCCCAUCAAACGCUGGACGGAGCUGCAGGGCCAGGGCAUGGUGGAUAUUCUGGACAAGAUAAGUCCAGAGUCUGCUCCACACAAGUUCUACGUGGGAUUCCGCUAUGCUGACCCCCUCACAGAAGACACCAUUGAGCAGAUGGCUGAUGAUGGAGUGCAACACGCUAUAGCUUUCACUCAGUAUCCACAAUAUAGCUGUUCUACUACGGGCAGUAGCCUCAAUGCCAUAUACCGUUAUUACAACAAGGGAGGACCCCCCGACAACAUGACCUGGAGUGUGAUUGAUCGCUGGCCCACGCAUCCCGGCUUAGUCCAGGCUUUUGUUGAGAAUAUCAAAGAUGAGAUCCUUCGUUUCCCCAAGGAAGACCAAGAUGAUGUUGUUAUUUUGUUUUCGGCGCAUUCUCUUCCACUGAAAGUUGUCAAUAGGGGUGAUCCGUACCCUACUGAAGUGGCUGCCACUGUCCAGCGGGUUAUGGAAGGUCUGGGUCACUCUCAUGCUUAUCGCCUUGUGUGGCAAUCGAAAGUGGGCCCUCUUCCCUGGCUCAGCCCUCAGACAGAUGAAGCAAUCAAGGGUCUGGUUGACAGGGGAAGGAAGAACAUUUUGUUGGUUCCCAUUGCCUUCACGUCUGACCACAUUGAAACCUUGUUCGAGUUGGAUCUGGAGUACGCCGGGGAACUGGCAGCUGAAGUCGGGGUAAAAAAUAUUCGCAGAGCUGCGAGCCUCAACGACAACCCACUCUUCAUUGACGCCCUUGCUGAUAUUGUAAAGAAUCACAUUGAUUCUCAGGUUUCAUGUUCUCCCCAGCUGUCCCUGCGGUGCCCAAUGUGUGUCAAUGUCACUUGUGGACAAGCUAAAGAGUUCUUCCGAAACCAACAGAGUCGGCUUGAUGCUCUCACCGGCAACAAAAUAGCGUCUGCGAAAGUGUAGCUCCAAAUUAUUUAAGCCGUUAAUAAAUUCAUAUUCCCAGAGUUAAUUAUUUUAUAAGAUCAAACUCAUCUGAAUCUUGUCUUUUUCAAAAUUUGUUAUUUCAAAUUAACUUUUCAAAAUGGGAGCAAAGGAGAGAGAAUGGUGUAAAUUUUCCAGUAAAGAAGGCUUCUUGUCUUGCAGACAUUUUAGGACCAUUUUGAAACUCCACAUUUUUGGACUGUUAAAAAUUUGUUAUCGGAGGUGUGAAUUUCAUGUCGCCUAAACAUGCGAUGUCUUUAAUGAUAGCAAGACAUGAUUCUGUUUGCCAAAACUGCAUUUUGCAUUGUGUUAUGGUCAUGGGCAGGUUGUCUUUCUCUUUUCUUUUUGGAGAGAGAAAAUAAAUUCCUCCUGGUUCAUACUAGUGAGUGAAGCAAAAUGACUUCACAUCAUAUUAAGAAUUAUCCUAGGGGAGGUUUCCUAUGUUUUGAUACUGAAAUUAUGUUUGUGAACAUAAAGAUACUUUAACAGCAUAUUGAAUUGUCUUCCUGGGAGAGACAGCCUCCCUAUGAUCAAAACAAUACAAUACUCAUGUUAUAACAUAAUCAGAAAUUGUAGCUUAGAGCAUGCUUUAGAAAGUGAGGUUCUUUUUUUUUUUUCUGGUGCUGUGCCUCUUACUUUUAUAAAAUUGGGUCUUCUGCUCUCUCUCUUUGCCUUUUCGUCUCACCUUUUCUUUAUUCAUAUUUGAGCCAUUCUCAGAAGGUCUGCUUAAUACGUUGCGACAAUUUUUUGGAAUACCAUUAAAUUUUAGUCUUUCCGACUUUUAUUGCUGCAGUGUUUGGUAGGUGUUAAAAAUAAUUUUCAAGUUUAGAAAAUAAUUUGAAAGCAAGCACUGGUGAAUUAAUCAGUUGAGAGUUUAAUGGGUUUCGUAUCCAUAACCAUGCCUUUUAAAGACAUCCACUUCAAUAAGCAGUAAAAAUAUUACAACAAACACAGCCUUAAAAAUAUUUAUGAUUCUCAUCGAUAUAUAUGGCAUUAACUAAGGCGGGUUUACUAUUCAAUAGUAUACAAUUUUGAAUCCUGUUUUCGUACAAAUUUUCUAUUUGCAUUGUUAGUGAUCUCUUACUACCCGUUACGCCAUCAGGCGUUUAGGGCAGCAGCAAAGGAUUGUUAGUAAUGCAUGGAGGAAAAGCAGAUCUUCAAGGGUGCUCAGCUUUUGAGAAUGGCUGGUAUAUUGUAUUUUAUGGUGACUGGUGAAAAUGAAGGCUUGAUUUAAUUAAGUCGCAAGGAAAUUUUUUUAUGUUAUCCUGAAUGUAUGGGCUUUCAGUUACAGUCUAGCACGCACAUAGUGAAAUCGCCAGGACACGGAAAUCUUAUCAUUUUGUAUGAAUUAAAUACAAAGAAUACAUACCGGGUAUAUCUAGAAAAAAUUAGGGACCUGAAAAACUGUUUGCUAUUAUAUAUAUGUGCGUGUUUGCGAUGUGAGUGUUAGACUGUAAUUAUCAGAGCAAAUAUGACAAAAGUAGGCAAUGUACAUUUUAUAUGUCUUCAUACUUGUAUUUUGAUACCCCAUGCAAUAGUUUUUAAGAAAGAUAUUUCUGGAUUAAAUGAUUAUUAAUAUUAAGCUAUGUGAGUGGUUGGCGGGCACUCUACUAAUGUGGUUUGCUUCUUUUGUCUUAGUAAACAUCUAUCAUCCUUAUUUUUCCUCCUUUUUUACUUUGUAUGCAACGUUACUCUUCAGUAACAUCUCUAAUCUUUGGCAUUUAUGCGAUGUAGGCCUAUUUGUAUUGCAAGUGACAUAAAACUCUUACUGAAGCUAAAACAAAUAAGUGUAUCCAUUAUGCUUUUCUAAAUUUGAACGAAGAGUUUUGAGUCUCAUCUAAAAUGUUGGUUUAUUCUGAUCUCAUUUAUGGUAUUGCAAGCUUCUGCAUGAAACCAACAAAAAUCUAAUAAUGCAUGAGGCUUGUAUUUUAACUACUGAUAAUCCGUGUAUUCUUGUGUUUGCAUUCCCUCUAUGGGAUUUUAAAAGUUGAUUCAGCAUGAAGGAAAACUGCUCAGAUUGUUCAGUGGAAAUGUUUUAGUACUCUAUUGAAGGUAACAUACACCUUUAAGUUAUUUUAAGAAGGUUGAAGAAUAACUUCCCUGUCAAAAUGUUUCUGCUUGUUUUUAAUGAGGAUAGCUGUCAAGGUUAAAAAAUCUUAAUGAACUUGAAAAAUAUUAUGUUCUGUUUAAACUUGUUUAGCCCAGACUGUUUUGUACAUUUUACUAUUCAAGCAUUCAGUUUGAAUGAAACCACUGAAGGACAGUGUUGAUUGUAAAUGAAAAUGUGUUCUUUCUUAAUUUCUGUGUUUGGAAGCCAAGAAUUCAAUAAGCAUAUUAAGUGUACUUUCACAAUAUUGCUUUAUUGUCCAACAUAAAAAAGGUAAAUGUUCACUGUUAUAUAAUAUGAUUGUGAAGCAAGGCCUGCUUCUAGUUCUAGUACAAAUUACUUCUGUGAUAGUGAUGGGAACAUUUCAUCUUUUCUUUUCAUUUACUUUCAGAGGUUUUUGUUCGGUUAUUGUAAAUUUAUUAUUUAAAAAAAUCCUGUCUAUGAUUUGGUCACCUCAAAAGAAUAAUAAACUAUGCAUGGUG